UAUUCAUCUCAUCUAUGUUCUAACCAUGUUUCACUAUUCAACGUCACAUGCUCCAGUUGGCAUGUAGUGCUGACCGCAACUCUGGUAGAGUCAAAUCGAGAUGAUGCGUCGAGUCUCAGAGGUUGCAGGGCCACCUAGGAAAUGAGGUUAUCAUGAGCCUAGCAGGAAUGGAUCUUGAGGCCAGGAGAUAAAAAAAAGGUACAGGCGGGACAGAUCCCACUCCAGCAGCUGAGCAACCACCAAGCACCCGAUGACAUCAAAGCUAUAAACCGACUUCUUGUUCAUUGUCUUGUCGUCUGUAGAAUACUCUAGCUACCCCAGGAACCCACACUAAUUCCAUUACUAGCAUGGGCCGACUAGAGGUCGUAUCAGCUAUUCUAGAACUGGGCUUUCGUAAAGAAUCACAUACUGGCUUGUGGCAUCAAGGAGAAGCUGAAGAAAUAGCUGUCGGAGGCCGUGAGGACAAGUUGUGGGCAACCCGGCUAUGCGGCAGCUUCCCUCGAUGACAUGAGAGGCAAGACGUGGAAAGACACCCUGGGCAACAACAAAUGUUUAUAAGAUCCCAAGACUCUGGGCAGUCGUGGCAGACGGGAUCCUUUCCAGUCACAUCCUUUCAUCAUGCACGAGAAAAGAGGGGAGCGUAAGGCGCCAUGAGGUUUCAACCAACAAUGCUGUCCUUGGCAGGUAAUCCAUAUCUUUUAUGGGCAAGGUGGCUGACGACGACAGCAUACACCCACCAAGACAAACAGAGCUUGGCUUCCACUGCCUUUGUGUUUGUAUUGCUACCUGGAAUAAGUAUAAUAAGCACUAGCUGAACAAGGCUGGAACUAUGGAUCUUGUAUCUUUGUUGCUCCCCCACGCUCUUGCUUUCUGCAAUCGAGCCUCAAGUGAUAGCCUCACUCACUUGCAAUGCGUUUCCAAUCCACCACCGCAGCCUUGCUGCUGCUGGGCGGUGUUCGAGCGCAAACUACGCUGCCACCUCCGCCGAAUGAAACGUCAUCGUCGGAGACAUGCGCCAUCAGCUUGACGCCGAGUUAUGAUGUUACCAUAGCAAAGGGCUGGACGGCGCAUCUGCUUGCUCGAAACCUCGGCUUCGCCCGUAGCAUCAAGCUUGAUGGCAGAGGCGGUCUCCUCGUUGUUUCUGCCCAAAGCGGCAUCGUCCACCUCAACGUCACCGACAGAGCAAGCACCUGCCCCUACGUAAUCAACAACACCACCGUCAUCGAAGACGAACGACUCAACCAUGGCAUUGAACUCUCCCCCUCAGGCCGCACCCUUUACGCCUCCUCCCGCGAAAGCGUCUGGGCAUGGGACUACGACCCCUCCACCGCCUCGGUGUCCAACCGCCGCGAGAUAAUCACCAACAUGACCAACACCGACCACGUCUCCCGCACCCUCUUCCUCUCCCCCUCCCACCCCGACCUCCUCUUAGUCUCCCGCGGCAGCGCCUCCAACAUCGACCCCUUAUCCAUCCCCUUGGAAAACGGCAUCUCCCAAAUCCGCGCCUUCAACAUCUCCAACCUCACCUCCACGAGCCCACCCUACAACUACCCCUCCCAUGGCCUCCUAAUCGGCUCCGGCCUGCGCAACUCAGUCGGAAUAGCCGAGCACCCCAUCACCGGGGGUGUAUUCAGCGUGGAAAACAACAUCGACCAAACCACCCGUCUCGGCACCGACAUCCACAACGAAAACCCAGGCGAAGAGCUCAACUUUCAUGGCUUCCUCAACGGGUCCCUACCAGAAAACCGACACUACGGCUACCCGUUCUGUUUCCCGUUGUACAACAGAACCGACUUCCCCGACCUCAACACCCUGACCACGGGGGAUCAGUUCUCCCUGAAUCAAACCGCCGAGUUGAACGAUGAGACUUGCGCACGGGAGUAUGUCCCCCCGCGGCUGACAUUCAAGGCGCACAUGGCACCGCUGGAUAUCAAGUUCAACCGUGAGGGGACGAGGGCUUACGUCUCGUUUCAUGGGAGCUGGAAUAGGGAUGAGCCGGAGGGGUAUAAAGUCGCAGAGGUGGAGUGGGAUGCCGGGACGGGCCAGCCAGUUCAUAGCGCAAAGAGUUUGAAUGCCGCGAGGGAUUUGUUGAAUACAGGGGAUGUGCACCGGUGCAGGCCGGAUGGGAUUUGUCUGAGGCCUGUUGGGUUGCAGGUGGAUGGUCGAGGGAGGGUGUUUGUUAGCAAUGAUUAUGGAGGGGAGGUUUGGGUUUUGGAGCAGACGGGGGAUGUGGAGGAGGAAAGUUGGGAGGAGGUGAAUUAUGGGGGGGAUGGUGGCAAUGAUGAUGGAGAGGGGAAUGGUGGUGGGAAUGGUGGAACAGGAACAGAUGAUGAGGAACCGGCUGAGACUUCUAAUCCUGCAGUGAAGGGGGCUGGAACAGUAAGGACAGAGGGGUGGGUGGUGAUGGGAAUGACAAUUGUGUUGUCAUUUGUGGGGGGGAUCUUUGUGAUUGUUGCUUAG